AUGGAGCUCAGUCAUCUUAUCGUCGACGCCGUCUGGCGUCCGAGCUUUGUCUUGAAGUACCACGAGCUCCAGAAUCACCUGCAUCCCUCCUCCAGCCGAAUCGGACCUCCAUCGUGGCAUCGCUCCUUCCUCAACCCUCGAAACCGAGUCGACAAUCUCGACACCACCUCUUCUCGCUGGCGAGUUGACGGAGCGACAAUUUGUGGCAAUUGCAUCUAUGCCAUCCCGUUGGACCUGCUUCCAGAUCUGCCACCGUUGCGGAUCCUCUUAUAUGUCGCAGACCAGACCGAAUACCCUACCGCACUGCGCGAAGGCCUUGAUGCAUGCGCCGGCGUGCCAUUGCGAGACGGAAAGGCUAUUUCUCAGCUAGGCCUAGCAAAACACCUCUGCCGUGCAUUGGAUCAUCACUGCGCUCGUGAUCCGAAUUUCCUGCAGCAGUAUCGGCAACUGCCGUUUGGCUCGCGGCUGGUCUUCGAGGAUUUAACUCCUGAUGUUGCGGACAUGAGACUGGAUAUCGAGCGGGACUAUGAUAUUGAGUUGAAUAUGGAGACAUUCCAGUCUCUCCAGCAGUCGUGGCCUGAUGUUUCCUCGGAUGCCUGGCCGCCGACUGUGGACAUUUAUGAUUUGCGCCUCAUCCAACAACUCAACGAAGCUAUAAGCCUGGUCGAAGCACCUAGCCAUCAAUCCGUCAUUUUCAAGGCUGCGACCAAGUCGUUGCACCAUAUGUAUCAUGAGCUUCAUUUUUUGCUUACAUGCCCGCCGCACCCUCACGUCAUGCCUCGACCAUUGGCGGUUGUGACUAAGAAAAGUGCCUUUGGGGGAAAGGUUGGAGUGGUUGGCUUUUUACUCCAUCAUUUCAAGGCUGGUUCACUGCGUGAUAUUUUGCCUGCCCGACAACGUGCGAGGACUCUGCCGAACUCUCUCAAGCUCCGGUGGGGUCGCCAAGUGGCUUCCGCACUGGUUCACCUCAACCGGGCGGGGACCUUCUAUUCCGACUUGCGGCCCGACAAUGUGCUUCUGGACUCCGAAGACAACGCUAUACUGUGCGACUUCGAACAACGCGGAAACUGGUAUGAGUGGUGCGCACCAGAGAUUUUAUACCGGCAAUACGCUGAGAAUAUCCGGUCUCGCCUCCCGGAGAGGGUUAUCAGUUCGCCUUUUGACCGCAUGUUGAAGGGAUACACAAAUCCACACACGUUAGCUACGUCCACGUGCUACACAUCCGCCGAGACACCGAUUGAAGCGAGAAACCGUGCUUGGUUUGCCCUGCCAACGAUUGCACAAGAGAAAGCCGCUGUAUACUCUCUGGGGCUUCUCUUGUACACGAUCUUUGAGGGGUUGAGCAAUGUCCAGCGCAAUGUGGCGAAUCAAUUCCCAAUCGAACCAGAUUUGGAGUUUCCAACCAUACGCCGGACACCAGACGCCGUCGAAAAAAUCAUCAAGCAAUGUACCAGUGAUGUCCCGGAUUGGCAAGCUAUAGGUUUACAGUCCGAAUCGUCCCGAGUAGUCCGAGUGGGUAGCUUGCUAUAUCCUGAAGCACAGACUGAUCUUCCUCGUGACACGAGAGAAACCUUCGACACUAUCAUGACUUCAUUUCUUAAUUUUUGGCGUAUCGAGCUGGCGCGAGCGGAAAAAUUUCUCGACAGCCCAGAGUGGGAAACGGGUGAUUUUGGGACAAACCGGCCACGGCUAUACGAAGUUUUGGAGGCCCUUGAAAACCUAUCGGACGUGGACUAA